AUGUCAGAAGAAAAAAUUGUGCUUGUAAACGAAGUGGAUGCUUCUAAAACUAAAGGUUUAACUGUAAGCGGAAGAUCAUGGAAGGUAUCCAAACAACCAUUUAGAGCCAAGAGUAGAGUGGUCAAGAAUAAGAAACUAACAUCAUGGGAAAUAAAAGAACAAAAGAGGCUUGAAGAUAAGCAGUUCAAAGAAAGGAUGAAGGCACUAAAGGAUGAAAAAGAAGAAGAGCGUAAGAAUAAGAUUGAGGCAUUGAAAGAAAGAAGGGAAAAACAAGCUGAAAAGGAACGUUAUGAAAGAUUAGCUGCUAAGAUGCAUGCCAAGAAGGUUGAAAGAAUGAGAAGAAGAGAAAAGAGAAAUAAGGCUCUGAAGGAACGUUAG